AAAGGUUUAUAUUUCACCUGAACCGCCGCAGAACUUGAUUGAAAUGACUUUCCGGCGAGAAAGCUUUGUAAGGUUUCAAGAUUGGAAUUCAGAUGAUGGAUUAUUUCAAAUGAAAGUUAGACCCUCAUUUCAUGCAGUUAUGGGGUGUCUCCAGAGAGUAUUCAAGAAGGGUUCUGAAAGGAUCAGAAGCUUUAAGAAACCGAUAAGUUUCCGUUCUUCCGGAAGUAAUCCGACAUCGACAACUGACAAGGCAAAGGCAUUUGGUUCGAAUAAGAGGAUUCUUAAUCCACAAGGACAGUUUCUUCAAACAUGGAAUAAAAUGUUCCUCUUCUCAUGUGCCAUUGCUCUUGCAGUGGACCCUUUGUUCUUUUACAUCCCCGUGGUCGAUGGCCAUCGCAAGUGUCUUAACUUGGAUCACAGAUUGGAAAUUACUGCUAGCGUACUUCGAACGAUCAUCGACGCCUUUUAUAUACUUCACAUGAUCUUUCAGUUCUGCACUGCAUUUAUUGCCCCGUCGUCUCGGGUAUUCGGUAGGGGUGAAUUGAUUGAGGAUCCUUGGGCAAUAGCAAAGAGAUACCUGCCCAAGUACUUCAUCAUUGAUGUUCUGGCAAUUCUUCCACUCCCACAGGUGGUACUCUUAGUUAUAAUUCCCAAAAUCAAAGGCCCAGAUCCAUUGGUCACAAAGGACUUAUUGGAAUCCAUUAUUUUCGCCCAAUAUGUUCCAAGAAUUAUUCGAAUCUUCCCUCUUUACAAAGAAGUUACAAGGACUUCUGGCAUACUUACUGAAACAGCAUGGGCUGGAGCUGCUUUGAAUCUCUUCCUCUACAUGCUAGCCAGUCAUGUAGUUGGGGCCUUCUGGUACUUGAUCUCAAUAGAACGAGAAGACAGCUGCUGGAGUAACGCCAUAGGCGAAGGUGAAGAAAGUGCAUUGUACUGUGAUAACCACACUACAACUGUAAACACCACAUUAGUGAAAUUGCUGAAUGCUUCAUGCCCUUUUAUAAAUCCUGAUGACAUAAAGGAUUUCAAGGCCUUCAACUUUGGUAUAUUCAUCGAUGCACUCGAGUCGGGGGUGGUGGAAACCUGGGAUUUUCCGAAGAAUGCUUUGCUUGCUAACUUGUACUUAUUGUCCUAUUUUAGUUCUCUGGGUCAGAAUCUUAAAACCAGCACUUUUGUGUGGGAAGUACUCUUUGCUAUAGUGAUUUCCAUUGGUGGGCUGGUUCUGUUUUCACUGCUUAUUGGGAAUAUGCAGAAAUAUCUGCAGUCGACCGGAGUUAGAGUCGAGGAGAUGAGAGUGAGAAGGCAAGAUGCAGAACAAUGGAUGUCGCAUCGAAUGCUUCCUGAUAGCCUCAGGGAACGUAUUAGGAAAUACGAACAGUAUAAAUGGCAAGAAACCAGAGGGGUUGAAGAAGAGGCGUUGAUUUCGAACCUUCCGAAAUAUCUCAGGAGGGAUAUAAAGAGGCAUCUUUGCUUGGAUCUUCUCAAGAGAGUGCCAAUGUUUGAAAAAAUGGAUGAGCGACUAUUAGAUGCAAUGUGUGAUCGUCUCAAGCCGGCACUUUACAACGACAAGAGCUACAUCGUCCGGGAAGGGGAUCCAGUAGAGGAGAUGUUGUUUAUCAUCAGAGGAAAUCUAAUAAGUACGACCACCAAUGGUGGAAGAACUGGUUUCUUCAAUUCUGUUCAUCUGAAGGCUGGUGAUUUUUGUAGAGAUGAUCUUCUUACAUGGGCCCUGGAUCUCCAAUCGUCAUCCAACUUUCCUAUCUCAACUAGAACCGUGCAGGCCUUAACCGAAGUUGAAGCCUUUGCUUUAAUGGCUGAUGACUUGAAGUUCGUAGCCUCCCAGUUUCGGCGUCUUCACAGCAAGCAGUUCCGGAACACAUUCAAGUUUUACUCGGUGCAGUGGCAGACUUGGGCAGCAUCUUUUAUACAAGCAGCGUGGCGCCGGUACUGCAAGAGGAAACUUACGAAAUCCCUUCGUGAAGCGGACGAUAAGUUGCAGGACGCUUUGGCAAAAGAGUCCGGAACCUCACCUAGUCUCGAUGCCACUCUCUAUGCAUCAAAGUUCGCUGCCAAUGCAUUACGAACAUUGCAGAAAAAUGGUCCGCGAAACACCAGUCGGCCUCAAAGAUUACCACCACUGCUUCCUCAAAAACCUGCCGAGCCUGAUUUUGCAGCUGAACAUAGCUAACAGUUUUGAUAUUA